AAAAUUGUUGUACUAAGUGCACCGUUGCAAAGUCUCUUUGGUCCAUUAGUUUUCUAAGUAUAUAAGUACUGCAAGUAAAAUAAACUAGAAAUAAAUAUAGUGUAUGUUUUGAUUCUGGAUGAAAUAUACGUGCAAAUAAGCAAUGGGAUCAAAAAAGAUGUCUACAGAUCGAUUUGCCUCUCCACUUAGCCUAGUAGAAAGGUGGAUCUACUUUGUCGUCGCAGUCUGGACAGUUUGUUAUUUCUGUCUCUGUGUGUACAGAGAUUCUAUCAAGUAUGAGAGUGUUUUGAAUCUGUACGAUUUCGGCAAGGGGUGGUUUUGGUUGGGCAGGAAGCAAGAUAUAUCAAAUUUUGAAUGGAGUUUUUGGUAUGCCAUGUUUUGGCGAAUAUGUCCAUGGUGUGUGGGACAUGUUGCCCUGGGAAAGAUGAUGGAGUGGACCUCGCAUUCAAAUAGAAAGUAUGGGUUUCUGAUCUUUGCAUUGAUGUGUAUUUGUCAACUGGCGGGCUGGCGAAUCGUUGCUCUCUUUUUGGUACAUUGCUCAGUGAUGUAUGUUACAUCACUCCGCAGUAACACGGUAUUAGUGUGGAUUGUCUCCCUUAGUGCUCUAUCAACAUUGAACUUUGAACCAUUUGUUACUUUGAUGACGUCUCUGGUAGAGGAAGAUGGGAAGAGAACAUGGUUUGAUUUUCUUAUGUUUACGUUAUCUCUAGUCAAUAUCAAGGGUACAAGCUUUUGUCUGGAGAAAUGUUGGCAUAGUAGAAAGCGACAGGUUACUCAAGGUAACCAAACUACUGAUUUAUAUAAAGAAGUGAGCUCAAGAACCAGUCAACAAACUGAAGCAGAGAAACAGUCCACACAAGGGAGGGAAUCAGUCGGAUACAGUUUCAUUGACCUUCUGUGUUACGUGUUUUAUCUACCCUUGUUCUUUAUUGGUCCUAUACUGACCUUUGAUCUCUUCAAAGACCAGAUGAAUGCUCCACUACCACAAGACACAAGAGGCCACCUGAAACUGCAAUCCUUACACCUGCUGAGAUUCUUUUUCUGGGCCAUGUUCAACGAGUUUCUAUUACAUUUCUUAUAUUUUAACGCCUUACAGAACAACACAAUGGUACUGAAAUCUGUAUCACUAUUUACCCUUAUGGGUAUCGGGUACCUGCAUGGACAGUUCUUUAUGGUUAAAUAUCUGGUCAUGUUCGGAUUACCAGGGACGAUAGCAAAAUUCGAUUAUCUGAAUCCGCCGGACGGACCAAAAUGCAUCUCUUAUAUAUAUUUAUACUCUGACAUGUGGAAAUUCUUUGACAGAGGUUUAUACAGCUUCUUAAAAAGGUAUAUCUACGUUCCAUGUGGUGGCUCGCAGACAGGCAUCCGACGUCAGACCAUCGGCUCGUUGCUGUGUUUUCUGUAUAUUUUCUACUGGCAUGGCACUGAGUACGAUAUACUACUGUGGGUUCUGCUUAACUUUAUCAGCGUCUCUUUGGAGAAGGUCGGAUCUGUGAUAUGUAGUAUAUCUAUAGUCAAGCAUAUUGAGACUGAUAUUUUGUCGGCGGCCAUGGUUCAGAGAAUCCAUGCUUUCUUCUCCGUCCCUAUCUUUAUUAUGUCCUGUUUCUCAAUGUUUUGCUUCUUUGGUGGAAAAUUGGUUAUCUAUAUAUUCUUCGAAAGAGUAAUAUUGGAAGGUACGGUAAGAUCGUUUGCUGUUUUGGUGAUUUUAUAUUACUGCUCCAUACAGAAUGCUAUGGAAGUGAACAGAUGGAUUCUCAGACGGGAGAAGUUGAAACGGCCAUAAUAGUAAAACCAGACUGUAUUGCGGAGGAAGAGGCGGACUGUAACGUUUUUAGGGCAACGCUGCAAACGUCCAGCAGCGGUUACCUCCCCUAACGCUAAAAUCUUAACUUUAAGCCGAGAAACCACUGCAUAUGAAAUCGGCAACGCUGAUGGGAAGACUAAAAUGAAUUUGUUGUACAGAGACGUUGCUCUGGACUGGUUCAUUUACUGGUACUCAGAAAUAUUUUAAUUGGAAACUGGAAAUCUGCCUUUGAAUUUGAGCAUAACAGGUCUUUGGAAUGUUGAAGAUUUACUGCUGUAACUGAAAUGCUAGCAAGAACAGUCACCGGAUACAUCUGUUUGUAAACAGCUUUCAAAAAGUAGAGAUCACAGAUGCCAUAUUUAUUUUACAUAGCGUUUAACAUAAUACUCAUUGGAUAAUCUUAUUGUUCCAAAUAAACUGAUUUAUUGAUAUUGUAUUUAUCUAACAGCAUAAAAACUGGGAAAGGUUACAGUUUGUGAAAAUAUAAUUUACUGAUAUCUUAUUUAGAAAUAUGUCUAAAAUAUGUCUGAUUACUAUGGAUAGGGUAGUCAACUCAUGUGAGUUUUCGGUAAGGUAUACACCGAGAAAAUUGCUCAAUUCAGGUACCAUUUGCUUAUAUUUUGCUUAUUGCCUGUCACACGUUUAUAGAAUAAAAAGUACGUGGAAGGCAUACAAUGGGUGCUUCCCUCGCAUAAAGAGUUUGCUAGACACUCUUGAUAGUCUUCUAAAACACUUCGCCCGGACCAAAUGUGUAGCUAACGUAUACACUGGAUUCUGGGCGAAGUGUUUGAAGACAGUAUUGAUGAAAUCUGGCAGAAGUUUUGUGCCGAGGAAAUCACUAGUUUUUCUUUCUUCGACGCUUUUUAUAUCAUCAAAAUCCAUCAAGUAGAACCGAAACUACAAAAAGAAUGUAACAUGAAUCGGGCAGUUUUCUCCGUGUGUACGAUAACAAAACAUUACGUGGUAAGUGUAGCCAUAGUGUUGUCUGAAGUUUCGUUAUCACAGCGGGGUAUAUGGAAUGUGUCAUUAUUUAUUAUUCAAUAUGUUGUAUUUCAAAGAUUUGAUUUGUUAGCCAUGUAAUGAUUGUUUCUCGUAAUUAUAACCAAUACUUGUAUUUGUCUUUGUAAGAAUGUAUUGCCAUUAAAAGAAAACAAAAUGUU